AUGAAUCCUCGGAGAGCUUAAUCAAGUGGAAAUAGAGCCUCGUCUGCUGUAAAACGAGUGGCUAUGCCAAAUGGAUACACUUUAUACAAUUAAAGUGGGCAGAAAUUUCAUUUACCCAAUAUGAAGAAGUAUUGCAGUUAUAUGAAUGUAAAAGUGCAUCGCUACGUUCAAUGGAAGAGGCAGAGAAUAGAGUUAAAGCAUCAACAUUAUAGCCGAUGCAUAGCGAAGUUUAGACAAUAGUACACCAAAGACCAUAAAGUACAAUAGAGGUAAAACAUAUUUGAAAUUGAUUUAGACCCCUGCAGUGAUGAUGAAUAAGUACAUUAAUUACAGAAUAGCAUAACCAUAUUCAUGCACAGUGGAUGUGAAUGCUCGUUUAUGGGAAGCAAGUAAAAACACAACUAUUGGAUUAAAAAGAGUUUCCUCUGCUGUUAAAAAAGAAGAAACUGAAUAUUAAUAAGAUUGUGAAACUAUUAGUGGCACUUUAAAACCAUAUGAAUUUCUAUCCUCUCUUGGUGGUAAAAUGAUUUCAAAUGAACCAUCCAAAUAAUAAUCUAUUGAUGUUUCCAGAUAAAAUCAUGCAUAAUAACCUCGUCCUUAAACUGUGACAUCUAUUGGCAAAAUGGACUUUACUAUCAUUUAAGAAUAAUAAUAAAAACAAUCUGAAUAAUAAUAAAGAUUAUCCUCUGCUUAAUAAACAUUAUCUAGACCUCCAAUUUCUAAAAGACCUAUGACUUCUAUUUAAAGACCUUAAUCUUAAGCAUUCGAUAAUUUUGAAAGCAAAAGAGUUAAAUAAGAUCGUAUUUAAAGUGCUACUCUUGAUGUCUUUCAAAAACCAAAUCAAAAACAUAAAAAAUAAAUCACUGACAUGAUUGAUUAAUAAGUAUAAAGACCCUAAAGUAAUUGGAGUCAUUAAAGACCCUUAUCUUCUAAAACUACUGCUCCAUAAUCCUUUUUCAAAAUCUACACUAAAUUUACAAAUGUUAGUGCUCUUGAUUUACCAUAUGAAGAACUUUUUGAUAGAAAUGAAAGAACAGUAGCAGCUACUUUUGCAAGAUUUGGAGAUCUUGGUUAUUAUUCACCAAUUUAAAGAAUUGGAGUUUACAUGCAAUUUUCUGCAAAGUUGAAAAAAGAACAUUUACUUAAAAUUAUUGAUUUAUAAAAAACUAUGAGUUCUGCUGAAAAAACAGAUGGAGAAGUACCUAUCCAAUUAGCUAUUGUAAAUGAAAUGUUUCCUUAAUAAGGAAGAGAUAAAACAGGUAUUAAUUCUGGAGCUAAUGAUGCUUUAACAAGAGAACCUGUGUCACUUUGUUUAUAUCCAGAAUAUUUUGAUGAUAAUGAUGAAAAUAUUGAUUAAAUGGAGUUGUCUCUUAGAAAAUUCAAUGAAAUGUUAGCCAUAAUGAAUGGUAACUAUGAUCCUUCUCUUCUAUGUAAAGAUGAUUACGUUCACAUUGAUAGAGAAUUCUGGCCAGAAAACAUACUUAAAUAAGUACUUAUCUCUGAAGAAAGAUAUCGUAAUUACAUAUCUGGAGAUCAUAUACGAAAUGAUGAAGUUCCAAAGUUUAAAAGAGAAUGGAUUCUCAAUGCAUUCAAUUUGAUUAAACCAGAAUUAUUACGUAAUGAAGAAUGCUCUAGAUUGAUUGUGAAAGAGAUUUUAGAAUUAUUUCGUGAAUAUAUGAAGAGGGCCAUGCUUGAUUAUAUAUUAAGAUCCCCUGAAGAAAGAAAGAGAUUGCAUAUCACUUUGCUUCCAAGAUCAUUUAUUCAUUCUGCUCAAAGAAUUGCCAGAGAAGGAGGUUAUAAUAUGAAAUUGUUUCCAGAUUGGCAUGAUUUUGUACAAAGAGGUAAAGAUUUCUGUAAAAGUAAUCUAACUCUUAUUUCAACGAUCAAUUAAGGUUUAUCAGAUUGGAUUUAAGAUUUUAAUUCCUUUAAAUUAUGUGAUUUAAGUAAAAUGAAACAAGUUGCUAGGUUGGGUUAUACCUUCACAUUUUAAGAAUUCUAAAGGGUAUAAACUAUUUAUAAAUUGAAUGUUCUUUGUCUCUUGGAAAAUGUCUGGUUUAGAGGAGUCAUGUUGAUAAUUAAACUUUAAAAAUUCUUAAGGCAAAAACAAUACAAAAGUUCAUGGACUAUUACAGGACCAAAGUUUAAAUAAUAAUAAUUAAGAUAAACAAUACUUGAAAUCAUCCCUGAAGAAGAUUUUAUUGAUGAGGAUAAUGUCAUCUAUAAGGGUGAAGAAAACCCCUGUUAUAUAUCUAUUAAAGAGGCCUUGUAGUUCUAUGCUUCUAAAACUACUUAACCUUAUAAUUUUGAUCGUUUUAAAGAUUCUUGUUAAGCACUCAAUGCUUUUACAGAAUACCAUGUGAUGUUACAAAAUCCAAAUCCAAUAGAAUCAGAAAAAUUGUCAUAAUUCUAAUUAGAAGAUAUCAGGUAACAGCAAGAUGAAAAACCAUACAAAAAAUUAGAAAAAGAAUAAAGAAAAGCAAUCACAUCUAAUGCAACUGUUUUAUUGCAACUAUAACUGAGAGGCUUCAUAGACAGAUCUUUAUAACAUUUUGAAUUCCACAUUUUAAAUAUUGAUAUUCCUAAACAAUUUGAUAUUGAGGUUACUGACACAGAUUUUACAAGUUUGAUCUAAGCUUGUUAAAGUCUCAAAGAUAGAGAAUUUAUCCCUCCUAAAUGGAGUUUACUCUAAUAACCUUAUGAUCCAUUCAUUAGAUUGGAGUUAGUAAUAGAUAAUGAAUUUGUUAAAGUAAAAGAAAAUGAAGAAUAAAUUAAAAAUGAAUUUGUAGAUGCAUUCAGAAGUAUUAUUAUAUCGUUUGAUAAAUUUUUACAUCCCAAAUUUGCAAAGGUUACUUAUAAUCCAAAAGAAUCGACCUAAUAAGUUCAAUUUAGAAAUUUCUAAUUCAAUUUUGAUCAAGAUAUGGGAGGAAUGACAAAAGAUGACUUUUAAAAGUUUUUCAAAUCUUUUUGGCCAUAAGUAAAAGUAGAAGAAAAAUAACAAAAAGAGCAUCCAGAAUUAUUAUUGGCAUCAGAAGAAUAAAGAGAAGUUUAUUAAGAGAAAAAAUAUAUGACAGUUGCAUCAAUUGAAGAGGGAUGUUAUUUAGCUUAAGAAGCUAGAAUUCUAAAACAUGUUAGUGAACAUUAUAAAAGGACACUCUAAGUUAUUUAAUAUUUCUAGCAAUUCACUCAAUUCUUUAAUAAAGCAUAUGAAAAAGAAAUCAGAUCAUUAAAGAAGGCUCUAACUAAUGAAGAAUUCAAAAUGUAUAUGGAGAUUUUAAAUAAAUAUCGAACAUUAUUGGAUAAAAUACCUCCAACAAUUCAAUUUCCUCUAUUUUAAGUAAACUGCGAAUCUGUAUUAUCGAAUGUAAAAUAAAUGAUCAAAGAAUACAAGGAUAGAUUGUUUAUAAAUUUUGAAUCAGUUUUGAUAGAUUAAUCAAAAGUUAUUUCUGAUCGAUACUUAUAGAUCAGUACCUACAUAAGAAGAUCCCUUAAAACACCUGAAGAUGUUGAGGCAAUGGAUAAGUACAUAACUGAUGUUGGGUAAGAGAGAGUAAAGAUACGUACAAAUACAACAGAUAUCUUUAUUAAGGUUAUGUUCUUAUUAAAACAAGAUUAUGUGAUAAGCGAGUAGUUGUUAUUGUUAUCAGAAGAAUUGUAUCAUAGGCCUGCAUAACUAGAUAAGGAAUUGAUUGAAUAAGAAGAGAAACAUUAGAUUGAGAGAGGAAGAUUAGAAGAGGAAUUAAAGAAAUAGAGAUCUUAAUUUGAGGAGAGAGUGGCUAAAUAUUGUGAAGAGAUACAUAAUCUUGAAACUUUUACUGAAAGAUCAAAAUAUAAAGGAUAUGUUAGAGAAAUUGAAGAAUUUGAAUAGAAAUUAGCUGAAGCAGCUGCAGAAAUGCAAGAGAUUAUAUAAAAAGAAUUGACUUUAUUUGGAUACCCAUCAUAAUUUGAUAAUUUUGUGAAACUCUAAACUGAAAUUUAACCAUAUUCAGAAAUGUGGAAAUCGAUAGGUUUGUAUAUGGAAAAUAAAAAGAAAUGGAUGGGGGGUCCAAUUAUGGAUGUUGAUUAUAGUGAUGUGGAGGCUAUAUUAAAGAAUUAAGUUAAGGGCAAUAUGAAAUUAGGGAAAAUGUUUAGAUAGAAUAGUAUUCCAUUUAGAGUUUUGGGCGAGUUUAAGGAAGAUGUUGAGGCUAUGAUGGAACAUAGUAAGACUUUGGAAGUACUAUCAAAUCCAGGUUUGCGUGAAAGACAUUGGAAAUAGGUUUAAACAAUACUUUCCUAACCAAUAAACUAUAAAGAAGUAUCUUUAAGAGAAUUAAUAACUUAUAAAGUGGAUUAAUUCAUUAAUGAUAUGGAAGAAAUAUCAGAAAAUGCUAGUAAGGAAUUCACUUUAGAAAAUGCGUUAGCAAAAAUGAAGAAGGAAUGGGAUAGUGUAAAAUUGGUAGUAAUAAAUUACAAAGGUAGAGGAGUACUUAUUUUGUAGGGAUAAUCUGUUGAAGAAAUUCAAACAUUAUUAGAUGAUCAUGUUAUUAAAUCAUAAACAAUAAGGGCUAAUCCUUUGAUAAAAUUUAUGGAGGAAGAUGCAAUAAGAUGGGAGAAAUUAAUGACGUUUAUUUAAUAAAUUCUUGAAUUAUGGAUUAAAGUUUAAGGUAUGUACUUAUAUUUGGAGCCUAUAUUCAGUUUUGAAGAUAUAAUAAAGACAUUGUAUGAUGAGAGUGAGAAAUUCAAGAAGGUUAGUAGUAAUUGGAAUUUGAUAACAAAGGCAGUGGAAAUGGAACCAUUAGCAUUGAAUUUAGAGAAGAUUCCAAACUUAAUGGACAUAUUAUAGACAUCAUUAAGAUUGAUUGAAGAAAUACAGAAAGGAUUAGAGAAUCAUUUAGAAAUAAAGAGAUUAGAAUUUCCUCGUUUCUUUUUUUUAUCAAAUGAUGAUUUAAUCAAUAUUUUGGCAGAAACAAGAGACCCUUUAUUGGUAUAACCUCAUAUGAGGAAAUGUUUUGAGGGAAUAGAGGAAUUAAUAUUUAAUUCAAAUACUGAUAUAUUGGGUAUGAAAAGUGUAGAGAAAGAAGAAGUUAAUUUUGAUAAUAAAGUAUCUCCAAAAGAGUUUAAAAAUUGUGUAGAGAGAUGGUUAUUAAAAGUAGAAGAAGAGAUGAGGAGUAGUAUUUCUCAUUUGAUAAGAUAAUGUUUUGGAGAAUUAUAAGAAUUACCAGUAUUAUUAAAAUGGAUUCGUAGGUGGCCUGGUUAAUGUGUAUUAGCUUGUGCUUGUAUAAACUUUACAAAUCAAAUAGAGAGUACAAUAAAAACAGGGAAGACUCUAAAUAAAUAUGGGAAUGAUAGAGUUAAUCAUUUGAAUGAGAUUGUAUCUUUAGUAAGAGAAUCUUAAUAAUAAAAUGAAAGAUAAUUGUUAUCAGCUUUAAUUGUGUUGGAAGUACAUCACAAUGAUAUUUUAUAAGAGUUGAUAAAAUUAGAGAUGAAAGAUACAAAUAUAUUUGAAUGGACAUCAUAAUUAAGAUAUUAUAUGAUGGAAGAUACUAGUGUUUCUGUAAGAAUGGUUUAAACAUCAAUAACAUAUGGAAAUGAAUAUUUAGGUAUAGGUAGUAGAUUAGUUAUUACUCCAUUAACAGAUCGAUGUUAUAGAACAUUAGUUGGCGCAUUACAAUUGAAUUUGGGAGGUGCUCCAGAAGGUCCUGCUGGUACUGGUAAAACUGAAUCAACAAAAGAUUUAGCUAAAGCAGUAGCUGUAUAAUGUAUAGUCUUUAAUUGUGGUGAAGGAUUGAAUACUCAUGCUAUGGCUAAAUUCUUUAAAGGAUUAGCAAGUGCUGGUGCUUGGUCAUGUUUUGAUGAAUUUAAUAGAAUAGAAUUAGAAGUUUUAUCUGUUAUUGCAUAAUAGAUAUUACAAAUUUAAUAAGCUAAAUCUAUGUAGAUUGACUCUUUCUUAUUUGAAGGUACAGAAUUACAUAUCUAAUAAUCAUGUAAUAUAUUUAUUACAAUGAAUCCUGGAUAUGCAGGUAGAUCUGAAUUACCAGAUAAUUUAAAAGCUCUCUUUAGACCAUGUGCUAUGAUGGUACCAGAUUAUGCACUUAUCGCAGAAAUAUCUCUAUAUUCCUUUGGAUUUGUUGAAGCUAGAGCUCUUGCUAAAAAGAUUGUUGCUGUCUAUAAACUCUGUUCAGAAUAAUUAUCAAGUCAAGAUCAUUAUGAUUAUGGUAUGAGAGCAGUUAAAGCAGUCUUAACUGCUGCAUAAUUACUCAAAAGAAAAUCUACUGAAAGAGAAGACAUUCUUAUUUAUAGAGCUAUUGGUGAUAUUAAUUUACCUAAAUUCUUAACCAAUGAUGUCAUGUUAUUCAAUGGUAUCAUGAGUGAUCUAUUUCCAGAUGUCAAAGUUCAACCUAUAGAAUACAAAAAUUUAUAAGAAGCUAUGCAUCAAGUUUUACAAUCUUAAAAUAUGUAAAUUGUACCAAACUUUAAAAGAAAAGUUUUAUAAUUGUAUGAAAUGAUCAAUUGUAGACAUGGACUUAUGUUAGUUGGUUAAACUAUGAGUGCCAAAACUGCUUGUUAUUAGGUUUUAGCAUCAACUCUUACAUACUGUCAUAAAAAUGGCUUGCAAGAUGAAAGAUGUGUGUAAUAUCAUGUUUUAAAUCCUAAAUCUAUAACUUUAAAUUAAUUAUAUGGUUACUCUGAUCCAGUAAGCAAGGAAUGGACUGAAGGAGUAUUGGGUGAAAUCUAUCGUAAAUGUGCUACAUCCACUUCUUAAGAUAGACAAUUUUUAGUAUUUGAUGGCCCUGUUGAUGCUGCUUGGAUUGAAAAUAUGAAUACUGUACUUGAUGAUAAUAAAAAAUUAUGUUUAAUGAGUGGAGAAACAAUUGCUAUGACUGAUAGAAUGACAAUCAUAUUUGAAGUUCAAGAUUUAACUUAAGCAUCUCCUGCAACUGUUAGUAGAUGUGGUAUGGUAUAUUUAUAACCAGAUUAAUUGGGGUGGUUUAAUAUAUUUUUGAAACAAUUACAAGAGAUUUAAAAUGUAGAUUAAAAUAUAAUUAUGCGUAUUUCAGAUCUUUUUGAGACUAUAGUUGAUAAAUCUUAAAAAUUUGUUAAGUAAAAGUGUCAUGAAUAUGAAUAAGUGCCAGAAAAUUCAUUUUGUAUACAUACAUUAUCAAUGUUGAUUCAAUUAAUUUAAAAUUAUCCAGAGGCUAUAAGGAAAAUAUAGGAUCCAAACAUUUUGAUUGAUGCAUUCUUUAUUUAUUCAGUAGUAUGGACAGUGGGAAGUUCAGUAGAUGAGAUAGGUCGUAAACAUUUUGAUUAAUAUUUAAAAAAGUUAAUGAAGGAACCAUUAAGAAAUGAAAAUAAGAAGGAUGUGGUAAUAAAAAUUGAUAAGUAAUCUCAGAUUCCAGAAUUAUCUAAUACAAACAUUUAUGAUUUUUUUUAUGAUCCUGAAUUACUAAAAUGGAGAGUAUGGAAAGAAUUAUUAUAAGAUUCAAAAAUUCCUGAAAAUAUAACAUAUUAAGAGAUUUUAGUAGAAACAUCAGAAUCAUUGAGAAUAACUGCAAUUAUUGAUAAAUGUAUAAAUCGUCAUUCUCCAUUAUUGAUAAUAGGGCCAAGUGGUGUAGGUAAGACUUGUUAUAUUCGAAAGUAUAUAUCACAAUUGAAUAACUAUUUAAACAUAUUUGUAAAUUUUUCGGCAACAACAAGUGCUAAUAAAACAUAGAUGAUAAUUGAUUCUAAAGUGGAAAGGAAGAGAAAAGGAUUAUAUGGACCUCCUUUGGGAUUUAUAGGACUAAUUUACAUAGAUGAUUUGAAUAUGCCUGCUCCUGAUAAAUAUGGAACAUAAGCACCAUUGGAAUUGAUACGUCAAUUAUUAGGUACUAAAGGAUGGUAUGGAAAUGACAGAUAAUUUAUGCAUAUUUAGGAUUGCAAUAUUGUUGCAUCAAUGGGUUUACCAGGAGGAGGUAGAAGUUAUGUUUCUCAAAGAUUAUUAAGAUUCUUUUAAAUAGUAUCAAUAGUAACUCCAGAUAUUAGUAAUGUUGUACAUAUAUUUACAUCUAUUAUCUCAUGGCAUUUAAAUAAUAUAAAAAUUGAAAACACGGAUAAUGAUAUUCGAAAGAGUUUUGGUUAUGCAAUAGAGGCUACAAUAGAUUUGUAUAUGUAGAUAAGGGAUCAGUUAAAGGCAACUCCAAGGAAGUCAUGGUAUAUACUUAAUAUGAGAGAUAUAAGUAGAGUAGUUUAGGGAAUGACUUUGGUGUUGAAUGCAAAAGAAUUAUCAUUAGAUCAUAAAAAAGUAUAGAGAUUAUGGCUACAUGAAACUACAAGAACAUUUUUUGAUAGAUUGGAAUAAGUUGAUCAUGAAUAAUAUUAAUUGAUGUUGGCUAAUUCAAUUAAACUUAAAUUGAGAGAUGAUUUAAAACAUAUGAUUAAACCAUAUGAUGAUAUAGCAAGCAUUAAAUACAAUAUCAAAAGUUAUUAUUGGUCUGACAUUUAAUUAGAAGAAGAAUCUAAUGUUAAAAAAUAUACUGAAGUAAUGUCAUCAACUAGAGUAUAUUCAAAAUUAUCAUAUUAUUUGGACGAUCUUAAUUCUAAUACAAAAAAACCAUUGAAUUUAGCAUUAUUUGAUUAUUGUGUUGAACAUCUUCUAAGAAUUUAAAGAGUAUUGAAUAUGACUCAAGGUCAUUUAUUGUUAAUUGGUUUAGGAGGAUCAGGAAGAUAGAGUUUGACUAGAUUAUCAUGUUUUAUAAAAGAAUAAGAAUUCUUAUAGAUUGAAGUUGGAAAAGGGUAUAAUUAUGAAUAAUGGAAGGAAACUAUGUAAAAAUUAAUGAUAAAUGCUGGAGCAGAUAAUAAAGAGAUUACUUUAUGUAUUUCUGAUUCACAAAUAAAGAGACCUUUCAUUUUGGAAGAUGUAAACAAUUUACUUAAUACAGGAGAUAUUCCUAAUUUAUUUGGAUAAGAAGAUUUUAUUCCAUAAAUAGAUAAAUUAAGAUUAAAAGCUAAAAAGGAAGGUAGAUAAUAAUUAUUUGAUAAUGGAAAUAAUGCAUAAUUUUAUGAUUAUUUUAUAGAAUGUGUAAAGAAAAAAUUACAUGUUGUAUUGGCAAUGAGUCCUAUUGGUGAUACACUUAGAUCUAGAAUAAGAAUGUUUCCAAGUAUUGUAAAUUGUACAACAAUUGAUUGUUUCCAUUAAUGGCCAGAAGAUGCUUUAGAAGCUGUAGCUAGAAAAUUCUUAGAAGAUAUAUCAAUUAAAGAUAGUUAACAAAGAUUGUUAGUUGCUUAAUGCAAAUAUAUGCAUUCCUCAUUAUAAAUUAUUAGUGAUUAAUUUAAAUCUUAAGAAGGAAGACAUAAUUAUGUUACUCCUAGUAGUUAUUUUGAAUUAUUAAAAACUUUCUAAGCUGUUUUAAAUGUGGAAAAAACUAAAUUGGAAGACACUAGAAAUAUGUAUAAAAAUGGAGUAACCAAAUUAGAUUAAACAUCAGAUGAAGUCAAAAGAAUGGAAGCUGAAUUAAUUGAAAAAUAACCUAAAUUGGUUGUAAUGAAUGAAGAAGCUACUAAAUUAGCAUUUAUUAUUAAAUAAUAAGCAGAUGCAAUGGAACCUAAAAGAAUAUAAGUAUAAUAAGAAGAAACUAGAGUUUCAGAAUGUGUUAAAGAAGCUGAAAUAAUCAAUUAAGAAUGUGAAAAAGAAUUAUCUGUAGCAAAACCUAAAUUAAAAUAAGCAGAAGAAGCAUUAAAUACAUUAUCACCUGCAGAUAUUAAUUCUAUCAAAGCAAUGUUAAAACCACCUAUUACUGUUAAAUUAGUAAUGGAAUCUGUUUGUGUAUUAUGUGGAGUUCCGCCUAUUAGCAUGCCUAAACCAGAAAAUCCUAAAGAAAGAUUUAUGGAUUAUUGGGAAGCUAGUAAGAAAUUCUUAGCAGAUAAAGAUUUCCUGUAAAAACUUAUUGGUUAUGAUAAAAACAAUAUUAAACCUGAAAUCAUGCAGAAAGUUAGAACUAAUUACAUUUCAAAAAAAGAAGAAUUCAAUCCAAAAAGAGUUGAAAAAGCAAGUUCUGCUGCUAAAGGAUUAUGUGAAUGGGUUUUAGCUUUAGAUGAAUAUGAAAAGGUACUUACUAUUGUUAGACCUAAAUAAGAAAAGUAUAUCUAAUCACAAUAAGAAGUUGCUAGAUUGUAAGAAUCAUUAAAGAUCUUGUAAUAAGACUUAUCUAUUUUGACUACAGAAAUUAAUAAAUUAUAGCUUUCCUAUUAAGAAACUAUUAAUAAUCAAUAAUAAUUAGAGAGAGAUAUUAAAGAAUGUGAAGUUAAAUUAUAAAGAGCUACUAAAUUAAUGGAAGGUUUAGGGGGAGAAAGAGAAAGAUGGAGUAAAUCAUCUGCCAUAUAUGAAUAAAGAUUAAAAUAAGUUUUAGGAGAUAUUAUAUUAUCAUCAGGAACUAUUGCAUAUUUAGGAGUUUUCAGCAAUAAUUUUAGAUAAAAAACUAUUAAAAUGUGGAUGAAUCAUUUAUAAGGUUAGAUGCCAUUCUCUGAAAAUUUUUCAUUAUAGAAUACUCUUGGUUAACCUAUUUUAAUUAGAUAAUGGAGAAUGAAUGGAUUACCAAGUGAUUAAUUUAGCAUCGAAAAUGGAAUUAUCAUGAAUAGAUGUCAAAGAUUCCCUUUAAUUAUUGAUCCAUAAGGAUAAGGUAAUCGUUUUAUUAGAUAAAAUGAAAAAGAUAUUAAAUUAGUCAAAUUCACAGACAGUGAUUUUAUGAGGACUUUAGAAAAUACACUCUAAUUUGGAUAACCCUUAUUAAUUGAAAAUGUAUAUGAAGAUGUUGAUUCAACUAUUGAUUCUGUUUUACUCAAGUAAAUUUUUAAAAAUGCUGGAGUUAUGUCAGUACGUAUUGGUGACAAUAUUAUACCCUAUAAUAAAUUAUUCAAUUUAUUUAUGACAACUAAAUUGAGCAAUCCUCAUUAUACUCCUGAAAUUAGUACUAAAGUUACAAUUAUCAAUUUCACAAUUACAUAAAGUGGAUUAGAAGAUUAAUUACUUGAAAUUUGUGUAAGCAAAGAAUAACCUAAUUUAGAAGAAGAGAAAAAUCGAUAAAUUUUAUAGUAGCAUAAAAAUAAAUAAGAAUUAUAAAAAAUAGAAGAUUAGAUUCUUCGGGUAUUAAAUAAGGCUGAAAAUAUUUUGAAUGAUGAAGAAGCUAUUUAAAUAUUAUAAACAUCAAAAGAAAAAUCAAAGGAUAUUGAAGAGAAAUAAGAGACUUCUGAAUAUACAGAGAGAAAGAUUGAUGAAGCUAGAAUACAAUAUAAACCUAUUGCAAUUCAUGGAGCUUUACUCUUUUUUGCAGUAAUAUCUUUAGCCUAAUUGGAUUCUAUGUAUUAAUAUUCAUUAACUUGGCUACUAAAUUUAUAUCAGGAAGCAUUUGUUAAAAGUGAACCAAGUUAACGUAUUCAAUAAAGAAUAAAUAAUAUUAAUAAUAUGACAUUACAUUUAAUUUAUAAUUAAGUUUGUCGAGGAUUGUUUGAAAAAGAUAAAUUACUGUAUAGUUUUAUAAUUUUAAUUAAAAUACUUGAAUAAAAGAAAUAAAUUGAUUUUGAUGAAUUUUCUUUUAUCAUUCGAUAAGUAAAUAUUCCAAGUGAAGUACCAGAAAACCCUUACAAAGAAUGGUUACCAAAUUAAGCAUGGGCAAGAGUAUAAGUAUUAAUAAAAGUGAAUAAGAAAUUAUCCUAAAUUGUAGAUAGUAUGCAUAAUUUCCCUGAAAUUUGGAUGGAAUUACUUAACUCUCCAGAUGGUCAUUAAAUUAGAUUACCAGAACCUUUUGUAAUAAUAACACCAAUAUAAAGAAUGUGUAUAAUAAAAGCAUUAAGACCUGGUAAAUUACCUAAAGUGAUAUAAGACUUUGUGUCUUCUGAAUUAGGAGAUAAAUAUACAUAACCACCUCCAUUUUCAUUGAAUUAAUCAUUUUAAGGUAGCAAUUCAAAAUCUCCAUUAUUAUUUGUUUUGCCAGGUACUGAUCCAAUGAAUGCAUUACUAAAUUUUGCAAAAUAGAAAGAUAUUUAAUUAAGAUCUGUUUCUUUAGGUUAAGGUUAGGGAGUGAUUGCAGAAAAAGAGAUUGAGGAAGCAAAAUAAGCAGGAACAUGGGUUAUUUUAUAAAAUUGUCAUUUAUAUCCUUCUUGGAUGCCAAAAUUAGAAAAGAUUAUAGAGGAUAUUUAGACAUCAAAAAUACAUAAUCAUUUUAGAUUAUGGUUAACUAGUUAUCCUAGUGAAGAUUUACCUACUUCUAUUGUUUAGAGUAGUGUAAAAAUGACAAAUGAACCUCCGACUGGUAUUAAAUCUAAUCUUUAAGUCAGUUAUUCUAGUCCUCUCUAUUAAUAAUUAGAUUAUUCUAAUAAAAAACUCUCUAAAUUAUUUUAUGCAUUAUCAUUCUUUCAUGCUAUUUUACAAGAACGUAGAAAUUAUGGACCUAUUGGUUUUAAUAUUUAUUAUGAUUUUAAUUAAUCCGAUCUAUUUAUAUCUAUAAGGUAAUUGUAAUAAAUGGCAGCUGAUGUAUCUAUACCUUUUCAUGCAUUACAUUAUUUAAUAGGUGAAUGUAAUUAUGGAGGUAGAGUAACUGAUGAAAGAGAUAGAAGAGUAGUUAGAGCACUUUUAGAUGAAUAUUUAACUGAAAAAGUAACAUCAGCUGAUUUCCAAAUUCAAGAUUUUCCAAUUAUAGAAGGUUUAUCUUAUGAAGAAUAUUUGAAUUAAUUAAAUAAUUUACCACUUGCUUAACCUACACAUUUAUUUGGUUUUCAUCCUAAUGCUGAAAUUAUGAAAGAUUAAUAAUAUACUGAUGAAAUUCUUAGAAAGCUUUAAUAAACUCUUGGAUCAUCAUAUACUGAUGGUUAAUAAAAUGAUGAAUCUAAAAAAGCAGAUAAUAUUCUUAAAUUAUUAUGUGAAGAGUACCUUGCCAAUUUCCCAAGAAAAUUUGAUAUGGAAAUUGCAAAUGCUAAAUAUCCUCAUGAUUAUAAAAAUUCUUUUAAUACUGUUUUCUAAUAAGAAAUAACUAGAUUUAACAAACUAAUAUUAAUUAUUUAAUAAUCAUUUAUUGAUACAUUAAAUGCUAUAAAAGGAUUAACAGCUAUGUCAGAUUAAUUGGAAAAAAUUACUCAAUCACUUUUAAUAGGAGCAGUACCUGAAUAAUGGAAAAAAUUUAGUUAUCCUUCAUUAAAACCACUUGCAUCUUAUUUAUAAGAUUUUUUAAGAAGAAUUAGAUAUUUUUAAAAUUGGUUAGAUAAAUAGAUUCCUUAUGUUCAUUGGAUUUCAGGUUUCUUUUUUACUCAAUCUUUUCUAACUGCUGUUCUAUAAAAUCAUGCAAGAAAAUAUUCUAUUGCUAUAGACAAACUAGAUUUUGAUUUCCAAUUUCUUGAAGAACCCCAAUCUAAUUUUGAAGUUAAUCAAUUACCUAGAUAAGUGAAUGGUAAAUUAUUAAUUAUAUUUUUAGAUGGAACACUUAUCUUUGGUUUAUUUUUAGAAGGAUGUAAAUGGGAUUAUGGUAGAGAAAUGAUUGUAGAAUCUAAUCCUAAAGUACUUACAACUCUAGCACCUAUCAUCUGGCUUAAACCAAUAUAAGGAGAAUUAGAAACUAAAAACUUAUAUGUUUGCCCUGUCUACAAAACUGCUGAAAGAAGAGGAAUCCUCUCAACCACUGGUCAUUCCACCAAUUUUAUCAUGAAUGUCAAUAUACCAACUGAAUAAUCAUAACAUCAUUGGGUUAAGAGAGGUGUAGCUAUGUUAUGUUAAUUAUCUGACUGA